AUGGCGCCGGAGGUCAACGCGCCGACCCAGUCCCAGGGAAAGGAACUGGCCGGUCGGGCUUGCUUAGGACCCGAGGAGCCUGAUGCUGCCCGCAAAGCUGGAAUCACUCAUAAGCCAUGGCUUCCGGAGAAGGACACGGCAAACCACUCGGUAUCUCUGCCAAGAAAACCCAAAUGGGGACGCGAAGAGUCAGACGGGACUGAAGUGGCUGAACUGCAGUUCUCAGUCGGGUGCGGGGGUUCUGGAUGGCGUGUGACCGCUCUUUCUCCCUCACUUGCAGGUCAGGAAGACUACGACCGCCUUCGGCCGCUGUCCUACCAGAACACUCACCUUGUCCUCAUCUGCUACGAUGUCAUGAAUCCCACCAGCUAUGACAAUGUGCUCAUUAAGUGGUACCCUGAGGUCACCCACUUCUGCCACGGGACGCCCAUGGUCCUCAUCGGCUGCAAGACUGACCUGCGCAAGGACAAGGAGCAGCUGCGCAAGCUGCGGGCCGCCGACCUGGAGCCCAUCACCUACGCCCAGGGCGAGAGCGCCUGCCAGCAGAUGAAGGCCGCCCUGUACCUGGAGUGCUCGGCCAAGUUCCGGGAGAAUGUGGAGGACGUGUUCCGGGAGGCCACCAAGGUGGCGCUGAGCGCGCUCAAGAAGGCCCAGCGCAAGAAGAAGCGGCGGCUCUGCGCGCUGCUCUGAGGGACCCCGGGCCUGCACAGCCGCCGGGCUGGCCCGCGUCCGUCCCUCCAGUCUCCCGCGGAGCUCGGGGCUGGGGGGGGCGGGGGGGGACCCCCAGGGCAGCGCCUCCUGCGCUUCCGAAGUGAUCCGGACCAGUCUCGGUUUUGGCCUCGUGAAAAGGGGGUCCCAGGCUCGGCGCUGGGGCCCAAAGAUGGCGGCAGGAAGAAGCGGCUGCUUGCGCCACCUGGUCACAUCCCACCGGCUCCCGGGCCGCGUGCCCUGGAUGAGGCCGCACCUAGGCAGGGAAAAGGCCCGGGGGAAGGCCUCGGACUGGGGGCCAAGCUGGCCGCCCGCGGCGGGCAGCAAGGACGCUGCCCUGGGGGAAGGGUCGGCCGAGGCCUUGGUCCUCCCCAGGACGGGCUGUCUAAUCUGUGGACCGUUAUCGUGCUCCGCGGCUCCCCUGCUGACACGGGGAGGACCCCUGCUGUCGGGGAGCCCGCCUGAGGGGGACCACGAGUGCCCAAGUCCCUUUCCCACACCGUCUUGGCCACAUUUCAUUCUGACAUUAAAAAAAGUACAAAAAACUACAAAAGA